UUUAUAUUCAACAUCGAAGAAGGAACAAAACAACAAUGGGCGAGAGCAACGUGACGCUUAUAGGUUCAUGGCCAAGCCCUUUCAUGUUGAGGGCAAGGAUCGCCCUUCACCUCAAAUCUAUAGACUACGAGUACAUCGAGGAGAACUUAUUGGAACCCAAGAGUGAUCUUCUUCUCAAACUUAACUCUCUUCACAAGAGAGUCCCUGUCCUCGUCCAUGAAGGCAAACCCAUCAUCGAGUCCCAAGCCAUCGUCCAAUACAUCGAUGAGGUUUGGCCCAAUGCCCCUUCCGUUCUCCCUUCCCAUCCUCAACAACGUGCCGACGCUCGAAUCUGGGUUGCCUACAUCGACGAAAAGUUGGUCCCUGCCCUGAUAUUAGCGGUGAUCGCCGAGACGGAGGAUGCCAAAAAGGCGGCAAUAGCAAAACUGGAAGAAGCGGUGGUGACGAUGGAGGGAUGCCUGAGAGAGCUGAGCAAAGGGAAAGCUUUCUUCAGUGGGGAUAACAUUGGCUACCUGGACAUCGCAUUCGGUCCAUUCUUUCUCUGGAUCCAAGUCAUCGGCAAGCUUCAUGGGGUGAAGCUGCUCUCCAACGACAAGACGCCGGGUUUGCUCCGAUGGGCUCAUAAGAGCUUCUUCCCCCAUCCAGUCGUCAAGGAUCUCUUGCCUGACCUCGAAAAGCUUGCCGAGUAUUCUGCUAAACAGAGGCCCCUCUUAAUAGCUAGGUUUUCUACCAAGUGAUCAAUUCAGUCAUCCAGUCUGAAGGUUCCAAG